ACAGUGAAUGUUCACUUCCACAAGGUGUCUGAAAUGGGCAAGAGGGAGGAGGGAGGGUGGUUUGUUCAGUGUGCAGAGUUUGCUGUGGUUUCACUCCUUCAUCUUCUUGAAGGAGCUCAACCUCCAUUUCAGACUGAGCAUCUUCCUCCUCCUCCUCCCUCUCCUCCUCCUCUUCCUCCUCCUGAACCGGACAGACCGGUGCAGACUCAUUGGACUUCUCUUUAUUUGGCUUAUUUUUUUUUUUUUGUUAAAUGUUAUAAUAUCAUUAUCAUCUUCAUCUUCAUCCAUCCUCUUGUUGGCCACUUCAUCAUUUCAUUCACUUAUUUGGCAGCUGCGGUCCAGUGAGCCUGAGUGAAGAUGUACCUGGAGAAUAAGAGUAAUAUUGAGGUGGAGAUGUCUCAAACCGGAGGCCAGGGUCACUCCAGCAGGGUAGGCCGCCGAAAGUCAGACUCUGUGUCUGGAAACUUUGAUGAGCUUCGCCUGCUGGAGGGAUUCUCCGGAAAAAAAGAAACACAGAAAUUACUGCAGGCUGCAGCCAUGCCCUCGGGACACUGCAUCAUCUACACCGACGUCCAUCAGGAGGACAGGCACAGCUUCAACAUGGUAAACCUCCUCAAUGGCAAAUCCAACCAAGCAAACCACACAGAGCGGACACCACUUCUCAAGUUCUCCCAAAAUGAUAGUAUCACCUACAUGACUCUGCAUGAGCCCAGUCUGGGGUCUGGAGAGGAAUCGUGGGAGGCGAGCUCUGCUGAACUGGAGAGAAGGUGCAGGCUGGGCAGUGAGGUCACCAGUCUCUCACACAUUACAUCCCCGGAGAAGAGUGAAAAUUACUUCAAACUCUCUUUUCCCAUCAGGUAUGAAAUACUGUUUAAAAGAUUGUGGUGA